UAUAAAUUCAUUCAAGACUCUCAUCUAUACUAAACCAUAUUGUAUACACAAUGAAAGAAAAUCAAGAACUUUCUCCUAAACAAGUUGAAUAUCAAUAUCAAGAUUCCAUCAAGAACAUUAGAUCUUUGUCAAUUAUGGAUGAUGAAGAUAAAAUAGACAAUUUUUUCAACUCCACGACGAUGAAAGUAAAUCAAGAAUACUUUCAUAAACAAGGUGAAUGUCAACAUCAAGAUUCUAUCAAGAACUUUGAAUCAUUGUCUAUGGUGGAUGAUGGAGAUAAAACAAACGAUUUUUUCAUCGAAUCGAAGAAGUUAGGGUUACUAGGGAGUGAGAAAUUGAAGAGGCAUUGGAGAGAAGUUGAAGGUAGGGUUUUUGUGCCAGAUAGAUGGGAACAUGAGGGUUCUUUGAGGGAAUGGAUGGAUUGUUCUUCUUUUGAUAAAAUACUAGCUCCGGAGGGACUAAAAUCAGCUCGUGAAGCCUUGAUGUCUCAAGAAAAACGAGUGUGUUCAAGUUCAGGUUCAACUUCAAGAAUGUUCGAGGUCAGAAGUAGAUAGUCAUGAGA